GUCACUAUGAUGUGAAUUGUAGUCAAAAUCAUUUUCCUAAUAUUCAAAAGUUUUCCUUUUUCUUUCCUUUCCCUUGUUUGUCCAUUUUCACUUCAUUGGAGAGUGUCUCUAUCCUCUGAACAAUUACCUCAGUGUUGUUGUUUUUAACAAACACAAAACAAAUUCACUUUCUUUGAUUCUUUCAUCCAAAUAAACAAAUAUAAUCAAAAUCAAAGAAAACAAAGAAGAAGAAAAAAAUUAGUUUUCAAUCUCAGAAGACAAAAUUGGUGAUUUCAUCAGAAAGAAGAAAGCCAUCGAGGCUUGGAAGAAGAGAUUGAUUCAGUUCAAACCCUUUGAGAAUUGUCUCAUGGGAAGGAAGAUGCGUUGUCGCCCUCAAACAAAAGGUAAUGAUAGUCCAAAAGUUUCAGAAGCGGGAAAGAAUUCCAAAUCAACAACAUAUCAGCAACAAAACAAAGUUACAUCUUUGGACGUUGCAAAACAUUCUCAAGGAUCUUCUGUUUCAAGUAUCAACUCUGAUAGUAGGUGUGCCAUUCUUACGUUCAUUAGUUGUGAGCCUGAUGGAACCUGGAAAAUUUACGCCGUUCCCGUGCAGUUUCUCAAUCACGUUAACCUAGCUUCUGACAGCACCAAUAUGGAUGGUUUGCAACUUCUUCUCCCUCCACCUCUUAACAGGCAAAAGAUUGAUCAAUGUAAGGCGCCUAGGGGACAUGUGCCUCCGAGUGCCUAUUCGGCCAAAUCAUAUGAAAGAAGUUUUACUGGUUCAAAUGUUCGUCGUAGAUGUCAAAACAAGGUAGCUAACAAAGCUUGUAAACUGAACGAACUUCCUGCAAAUUCGUGUGCACAAAGUUCUGUAGUUAAUAGUAGCCCUAGCUUGUCCCCUCAUAGUUCUGCCACCACUGUUUUGUCUGAAGAGUGCAUGAAUAACACCAAGAAAGAUAAGUCUCCGAAGAAAACCUCGAGAAGAAGGGAAAGAAAGAAGGUUAACAAGAUUAAGAACCAGUCAAUUGACAGAGGAUCUAAUGAUAGAGAAGUUCGUACCGAGGAAUAUGGCUGUGUAAGUUUGACUUCUGAAACCUCCAGCAGCAAUGAUGCGGAUACGACUUCACCAGAAUUUUCAUCUUCCGAUGACAGGUUAAUGAAAAUUGAUUGUGAAAGGAACAAGCUGAAUGACAAAAUCAAUGUUAUAGAUGAGGCGGAGAUGUCAAAAGUGACUUCACCUAUUGUUCAGAAUCCUUGCAGAGAAUGUGCUACUUUUGAAUCAAGGAAUCGGCUGCAUGAUAGGAGUCCUGGUUGUAAAGUCAACGAUACAGAAACCCUAUGUUGUUUUAAUGAUAUACAAGACUCAUUGGUGUUGGAUUCAGUUUCAAUUGCUUCAAAAAGCGACGAAAGUACCAAUGAUGGUCAUACAGGAAAACCAUCCUACAAGGCAAGUUGCGGAAUCGCUUCAAAUUCAGGAGAUGAGCAUUUUAUCGGUCAAGGCUUAACAAAUGGCUUUCGCAAUAACUAUCAACAUAAUGAGGAAAUGAGGAACGAUUGUCAAAAUGGUGUUGUCAGUGAUAAGAGAGUUCAGCAAAAUAGAACAAUGUCCAAGAGUUCUAGUUUCAACAAGUUUGCAGGUGUUGGUCGAACAGGGAAGGAAAACAGUCAUUCUGUUUGGCAAAAGGUUCAGAAGAACAGUUCGAGUGAAUGUGGCAGUGGCGAUUUGAAGAAAAUAAACACAGCUUCGUCACAAUUCGUUUCUGUUACUGAAAAGGUUACUUCAGCUAUCAAAAACUGCAACUCUGUUGGCGUGAAUGUUGUUUCAGGACCAGAGGAUAAAAAACAUGUGAAAAAUAAAGUCGGUCGAAAAUCAAAAGGUAAAUCGGACUUGAUUCCAAAGAAAGGACCCUGCAGUUAUUCUAGGAAGGGUUCAAAUCUUAAUAGGACUGUGUUAAAUGAUAACAUGAAGGCUAGUAUUCAACAGAAUGAUUCUUCAAAUAUCUCAUCUCAGGAAAUCAAUCACCAAGGAUCGGUAAUGGAGUUUCAGACCAAUGGAGUUGAACAAGAAACAUCUGAAAUAGUUCAUAGUGAACAACUUCAUCCGGAGGAGUCCGAAAUCCAGAAAAGUUCACAGGAAACGAAGAAUGAAAAUAUAGACAUUCAAUCUCAAAUUUCUUGUUCUGAUGAGCAUUCUCAAGUUUCUUGUAAUCUUUUAGAUAAUCAAGUUGGUCAAACAAUGAAAGAAGUUUCUUCUACCGAUUACAAUGCACAAAACCACAGUUCUGGAUCUACAACCCUAUGGAAAUGGAUACCGGUUGGGAAAAAAGAUACUGGAACGGCAGAAUAUUCUGUUGAACCAACUAGUAAUUUCGACUUGGAAAAUGGUCUUGAACUUAAUAUGGACUCCUUUUCUCAAAAUCAGGAUUCUUCAACAGAUGCAAGAACUAAGGGCAUGGAUCAGAUCGAGGGUGAGGAUCAUAAACUAGGUAAGGAGAUUGCAGGUACCUUUACAGAGAACAGGGACAAGCAUGAAGUAGCUAAUCCCAUGGUUUAUGAAUGUGAGAAUAAAUAUACGUUUGAAAAUGAUUCAUAUAGAAUUGCUCAAGCCGUGACUGACGCCUGCAGAAUUCAAUUCGCCUGUGAAGUAGUACACAAGGCGACCGGUGGCCCGGUUGCGGAGUUUGAAAGACUACUUCAUUGUUGUAGUCCUGCUAUUUGUCGAUCAUCCGAUUCACUCAGUUGUUUGACCUGUACACAAAACCAUUCCGUUGAUGUCUCACUUUGCAGGCACGAGAUACCUGAAGUAUCUUUGGGAUGUCUGUGGGAGUGGUAUGAGAAACAUGGGAGCUAUGGAUUAGAGAUAAGGGCUUUGGAUUAUGAAAAUCCGAAGACAUUUGGUGUUCCAUUUCGUGCCUAUUUUGUCCCUUCUUUAUCAGCAGUUCAGCUGUUCAAGAAACGUGAAAGUCGAUGUGUUAACAACAAUGAGAGCUUUUCAAAUUGUAAGGCUUCAAAUAGCGAAAUGUUUGACAAUUCAGAAGACUCGUUAGCGGCUCGUAUCAAUAUUGCGUCUAAUCCAUCUACUGAUUCAACUGGCUCCAGUGAUUUAGAACUUCUUUUUGAAUAUUUUGAAUGCGAACAACCACAACAAAGACGACCUCUGUAUGAAAGGAUACAGGAGCUGGUUAGAGGCGAGGUACCAAUCCAGUCAAAAACUUACGGUGACUCAACUAAACUGAAUUCGAUAAACCUGCGAGAUCUUCAUCCUAUGUCUUGGUACUCGGUUGCAUGGUAUCCUAUUUACCGUAUACCAGAUGGAAACUUUCGUGCAUCUUUUCUGACUUACCAUUCACUUGGACAUUUGGUUCGUAGAAGUUCAAAUUCUGAUUCGCCAAUUUUAGAUUCUUCCAUAGUUUCUCCAGUUGUAGGUCUUCAAAGUUACAAUGCACAGGGUGAAUGCUGGUUCCAGCUGAGUCAUUCUGCGCUGACAGCAGAAAUGCUAGGCAUAGACACUUCAAUAUUUCUUAAAGAGCGUUUGAGGACACUUGAAGAAACAGCAUCUCUUAUGGCUAGAGCUGUUGUCAACAAGGGGAAUCAAAUCUCCACAAACAGACAUCCAGAUUAUGAGUUUUUCUUGUCGAGGCGACGGUAUUGAGAUUUUCAUACAAGUUUCAUAAUAAAUAAUUAUGAGUAGGCCAAACUAGUUACAAAUAAUUUUUGGCUACAUUCAGAUAGGACAUCACAUCUCAAUAUUAAGACCAAAGUUUGAUUGGUCUUAUAUUUGCAUGUGUACUUAGGUCCUAGUUAUUGGAGUUGGGCAUAAACAUCUUUUGUACAUAGCUUUGUGCAUUACCUUUUUUUUUCUUCCCUUUUUUAAAACUCUCAUACAGUUUUAGCUCAGUUUUGUUCCUUGGUAGAAAGGAAUAUGGAAUUUGUAGUGCUGAUUUUGAGAGAUUAGUAGUAAUUUCUGAAUA